AUUCAUGAUAUCCCUUGUCAGUCGUCCUGUUUAUCACUUCUCUCCGUCUGUGGACAACUACGCAAUUUUCCACGGUCACACUUUAGAAAUAUUCCAUCUGGUUGUCCUGUGAGUUUAGAAAGUAUGGGUUCAAGAUCACAAAAGCGAUGGCUUUGGGAAAGUGAUAAGUAUGGAAUGUCGGUAUCUUCACCUAAUUCAGCUCAAAAUUAUGGCACUUAUAAUGAAGUAUCAAGUCCGAAAAGAUUUGUCAGAUAUCCUGGUUACACGGAUCUCAUGUCUCGUGAGUUAUCUUCCUCAGAAAACCAAUAUGGAUAUCAUAAACGAUUUAAUAUUCAAUCAAGAUAUUUUUCAAACUCGAAUGUAAUACCCAGUACCUAUCCAUGGAUUUAUCGUCGUUAUCGUAGACAGGCAACAAUUGGCCCUAAUCCUUCUGGUAGCAUGGAAAGAUAUCAAGUUAGUGGUCCAUUGAUGCCAACUGGCUAUAUGGACAGAUAUACUUCGGGAAAAACACAAUUACACUUCUCACCAACUCAUCAGCAUCGAAAUAAACUAUUCCUUACAGAAGAGGACUGUUUACUGUUACCUCCAGGUGGUUGUGAUAAGUGGAUGGACCAUCCAACCAAUUUACAGCGUCUAGAACCGCCUAAUUUAAGGGAAUAUCUAAAAUGUAAGUUCCGUUGUAUUUGA